UGUCCCUCAGCUGAAAAUAAACUCUUGACAACUCGAUAAUAUUGACAACAUUGAUAUGGAUUGAUCAUUUUUAGCUAAAAUUAAUUUUUAGUUUUAGAUUCAAUAUACUGGUUAUUGAAUUAUUAUCAUCAUCGUUUAUUUGAUAUUAACAAAUAAUGGCGAAAAUGUCCUCAUCCCCAACGCCAUCAUCAUUGUCCGAAAAUGAAUCACAUUUAAUUCAAGCUGUUUCUUCAAAUUCAUUGGAUAAAGUGGUUAAUUUUAUAAGUCGUGGUGGAUCAACAAUCAACAUCAAUUGUAAAGAUGAGAAUGGUAUGAGUCCAUUACAGCAUGCCUGCUAUAGAGGUAAUCUAGAAAUUGCCAAAUAUCUGAUUGAACGUGGUGCCGAUGUUAAUCAAAAUGAUCAUGAACAUCGAUAUACGUCUUUGAUGUUUGCUGCACUUGGUGGUCAUAAAGCAGUUAUUAAUUUGUUACUUGAAAAUGGAGCAGAUACUGAACAGAAAAAUACUGUUGGUCGUAAUGCAUCACAAAUGGCUGCAUUUGUUGGUCAGCAUCAAUCAGUAUCGGUUAUAAAUAAUUUUAUUCCUCGUGAAUAUAUCGAAUAUUACAGUAGAAUCAAUGGCCAAGAAAAAGAGCCUAGACUCCCAAUACGGUUCAUAUCAACAAUGCAUUCGUUAGUUUGUUUGGUUGCUGUAAAUCCUGUACGAAUUGCCUAUUUUUAUGAAUCAAAUCUAUCGUUAUUUGAAGAAGUGAAAAAGAUCAACAUUGUAAUGGAUCAUAUAUAUGAGAAAUUGUUUCGAUCAAACGAACCGAACGAAAUGUUAUCCCUAAAAGUUCAUUAUCUGAAUUUUCUAUUCAAUCUAUUGAAUAAUGCCUUACAAAAAGCAAAAUCAUCAACAGAAAAUGAACUUGAUUCGAAAGAAAUUCGCAAAGUAUUUCAUAAUAUCAUAAAAUUUUGGCUCAAACCAAAUGCUAAAAAUUUUCCAGAAAAUAUGGAACGACUGUUACGACAAGCCAUUCGUUCCUAUACAUAUCAGGAGAACGCAUUGUUUCAACAACUAGUCCGUACAUUGUCUACAAUUGAAAUUGGUGAAGAACCAAGCGCAUUAUCUAUUCUAAGUCAGACCAUAUUAGGCAAAUCAAUCGGUAUCGAAGAAAACGAUACCUGUUUUACAUGUUCUGAAUUUGAUCCAAACAAACGAUGUUCAAAAUGUAAACGAGCUACAUAUUGCGAUGAACGUUGUCAACGAUUACAUUGGCCAGUUCAUAAACGAGUAUGCCAAGAACCAGUUGAAUCACAGCUAUUAACAGUUGACGAUGAUAAGCCAGAUUUGAUUGAGCCAAAUAGCUGUGAAGUUGAUGAAAAAUGCAACAAAGAUAAUGAUGAUGAUGAUGAUCGUGAAGUGAAAAAACAAAAUAGCGACGAGGAUCAGGAAAAUUGUCAGCCAAUAGAACAAUGAAAUGGUUAUAUCAACCAUAUCUUCCUCUUUUUUUCGACGAAACAUUUUGUCUUUUUUUUUAGAGAUCAAACGACAAACAAACUCUGACAACGACAACAUACCAGUAGCAACAAAUUACAGGGUUCUCAAUGGGAAAAUAAAUAGUUUUCUUUUUCUUAUUUGACAACUGAAAAACAUCAAAAUCAAUUACGUAAUAUCAUUUGUGCACUUUCAACCAUGAACAUUAUCUAUGCAUUAUAUUAAUAUUUUAUUAAAGUAAAACAAGAAAUUAAAAAACAAUAUUCAAUGAUUCA